ACGUCAUCGAACCUCGUCCAUCCGUCAUCAUCACGCGACUGCUGGCGCACUCACGUGGUCCCACGGCUCACUUGUGUUUACACUAUGAUUACUAUUUUUAUUUAUUUUUUACCAUGUACUUUAAAUGACUAAAUUAUUGAUAUGUAGUCGUGCACACUCGUUUUCUCCAGUGCUUUCGUGCGGUUUCCUGUGCUGUCUUUACGUCUUCUAUUGAUCCCGGAACAACAUCUGUAAACCUCUGGAUGUGUUGAAGGAGCUGACUGUGUGAAAUGGCUCUCUUCAUGAUUAACCGCUAUCUAGGAGAGGAGGAGGAUGGACAAUCCAACGGCGAGUUGAGGUCCAAAGCUUUGUUAAACAAGCUCCAGGAACGUGCCAAGGCCAGAGAACUGCAGAGUCUUGCAUCUAAGAAGGCGUCCGAUGUCCAGGAUGCACAGGCAAGCGAACAGAGAGGUGUUAGUGUGCGAAAGACUAAAAGAAAAGUUGAGCAGCAAGAAGAAGAGAAACCGAAGAAAAAGAAGAAGAAGAAGGAGGAAAGCAUUAUAGAGCAGGACGAUGUUAAUGAUACCCCUGCGGAAGACACAGAUUUGAGCACAAAAAAGAAAAAGAAGAAAAAGGACAAAAAGGGAAGCGAAACUCAAGAGGAGAAGCAACAAACAGCAAUAGACGAGCCAGAAAACCAAAAAGCUGCAGACACUCAGCCCGAGCCACCAAACGCAAGCUCUAGCUUUCAAGUUCUGGGUGGAUUUAAGAGUAAAGCAGCUCAAAAGGUCCAGAGGGUGCUGCCUAAGUGGCUGGCUGAGCCGGACAUGAUCGAAAGAGACAUUACGAGCCAUUUGAUUUCUCUUAGUGACGUGCCAGGAAUUUGUCCCUUGCUCUCCAAAAAACUACAGGCUAACGGGAUCCAGAACUUUUUCCCAGUACAAGCUGAGGUGAUCCCUGCCAUCCUGGAGAGUGUGAAAUCGGGUCUUCUGAUUGGUCAAGGAGGUUACAGGCCCAGAGACAUCUGUGUGUCAGCACCUACAGGAAGUGGAAAGACGUUGGCGUUUGUUAUACCUGUCGUACAGGCACUGAUGACGCGAGUGGUGUGUGAAGUCCGUGCCCUGGUUGUGUUGCCCACCAAAGAGCUUGCACAGCAGGUGUAUAAAGUUUUCUGCACUUACGCUGAAGGAACAGGGCUGAAAGUCGUAAUUGCUGCCGGGAAGAAACCUUUUGCCGUAGAGCAGGCAACACUUGUAGAAACCAGGGGAGGUGUCUCUCGGAGUUUGGCUGACAUCGUCGUGGCAACGCCAGGUCGUCUGGUGGAUCACAUCAACAAAAAUGAAGGCUUUGGCCUGCAGCAUCUUCGUUUUCUGAUCAUAGACGAGGCAGACCGAAUGAUUGACAGCAUGCAGCAAGCGUGGCUCAAUCAGGUGACCAAGGCAGUCUAUAAAAAUGGGCGUGGCUCGGGGGGGUCGCUCUUCAGCAGGGUGCAGCCUGGGCCGAUUACAUUGGCGAGUCUGUCCACACCGCAGAUGCCGCUGCAGAAGCUGCUCUUCUCGGCCACUCUGACGCAAAACCCUGAGAAACUGCAGCAGCUGGGCCUCCACCAGCCUCGUCUCUUCAGCUCCACACACGGUUCUGCGAGCGAAGAGAAAUUCAACUUUCCUCAGGGCCUGACUGAGUACUACGUCUGCUGCACGUUGAGCAAGAAGCCGCUUCUCAUUCUGCACUUCCUGCUGCGCCUGAAGUUCAAUCCUGUUCUGUGCUUUACAAACUCGAGAGAAGCAGCACACAGGCUUUUCUUACUGGUGAAGCUGUACGGUGGUGUGGAAGUGGCAGAAUUCUCCUCCCGACUGAGUCCCAGCGAGAGACAGAAGACCCUCAAGAAUUUUGAACAAGGGAGAAUUCAGCUGUUGAUCAGCACCGACGCAGCGGCCAGAGGAAUCGACAUUAAUGGAGUUAAAUGCGUCAUUAAUUACGAUGCUCCUCAGUACACCAGGACGUACAUCCACAGGGUGGGAAGAACAGCGAGAGCUGGGAAAGCUGGUGUGGCUUUCACUUUUGUCCUAGGAGUUCAGGAGGAUAAAUUUGUAAAGAUGGUCCAGGACUCCGGCAGUCCGAGUUUACAGAAGCAGACCAUUAAACCGGAAAGUCUCAGAGGCAUGGAGAGCCGCUACGAAGAGGUUUUAAACGAGCUGGGCAGAGUUAUAAAGGAGGAAAAUGCCAAGAAGCGUUUCUGAGUAGACGGAUGCAAGAGUAAAUAUUUGUCUCUCUCGUGAUGUCCUUGUUCCUGCUUCUUGACUUUUUCAAUAAAAAAUGAUGUGUUGAUUUCUUUA